CAAAUAAAAGUCGUCUCCAGACUGCACCUGUUCUUCGCUACGGCUUUUUUCUAUUCCAAAUAUUUGUUCCACCACCGUCUCCCUUUCAUGUCUCUCUUUCUUCUAGAUCAAACCAUCGCACCUUUAAUUUGAAUUUUCCAUUUCUAAGUUCAACUCAUUUCGCCUUUGAAAUUUUUUUCGAUUUCUUAUUGCCGGAUCGAUUUCUCCGUCGCUGUUGAUAGAAAAAAGAGAGAGAAAGAUCUGAAAAAUCUAGAGGCAGAUCCAGCAGGGAGAAGAGGUGGAUCUGUUUGGUUAAAGUGGAAUGACGAUGCACGGAAUGAGAGGGCUCUCAGUUUUUAUAAGCGACAUCCGAAACUGCCAGAACAAGGAGCAAGAGCGUUUACGUAUCGAUAAAGAGCUCGGCAACGUCCGUAAUCGCUUCAAAAACGAGAAGGGACUGACACCAUAUGAGAAGAAGAAAUAUGUUUGGAAAAUGCUUUAUAUAUACAUGCUGGGCUAUGACGUUGAUUUUGGUCAUAUGGAAACUGUGUCCUUGAUAUCUGCACCAAAGUAUCCAGAAAAGCAGGUUGGAUACAUUGCGACUUCUUGCUUACUCAAUGAAAACAAUGAUUUUCUGAGACUAGCAAUCAACACUGUACGCAAUGAUAUAAUCGGUCGAAAUGAGACUUUUCAGUGCCUUGCUCUAACCAUGGUUGGGAAUAUUGGUGGGAGGGAAUUUGCUGAAUCUUUGGCACCUGAUGUUCAAAAUUUACUUCUUUCUAGCAGCUGCAGACCACUUGUAAGGAAAAAGGCUGCAUUAUGUUUGCUACGACUGUAUAGGAAAAACCCUGAUGUUGUCAAUGUUGAUGGCUGGGCGGAUCGAAUGGCUCAACUUUUAGAUGAGCGUGAUCUUGGUGUUUUGACAUCUUCUAUGAGCCUUCUUGUUGCUUUGGUAUCAAAUAAUCAUGAAGCAUAUUGGUCUUGCCUUCCAAAAUGUGUUAAGAUAUUGGAGCGCCUUGCAAGGAACCAAGAUGUUCCUCAGGAAUAUACUUACUAUGGUAUCCCAUCUCCCUGGCUUCAGGUUAAGACGAUGAGGGCUCUCCAGUAUUUUCCAACCAUUGAAGAUCCUUCUACGCGGAGAACAUUGUUUGAGGUCUUACAAAGGAUAUUAAUGGGAACUGAUGUUGUGAAAAACGUUAAUAAAAAUAAUGCAUCACAUGCUGUACUCUUUGAAGCCCUUGCACUUGUCAUGCAUCUUGAUGCUGAAAAGGAGAUGAUGUCUCAAUGUGUUGCCCUUCUUGGAAAAUUUAUCGCUGUUCGUGAACCAAAUAUUAGAUAUCUUGGUUUGGAAAAUAUGACUAGGAUGCUAAUGGUUACUGAUGUGCAAGAGAUUAUCAAAAGACAUCAGGCGCAGAUUAUCACAUCAUUGAAGGACCCUGAUGUCAGUAUUCGUAGGCGUGCUCUUGAUUUGCUUUAUGGAAUGUGCGAUGUAACAAAUGCAAAGGACAUCGUUGAAGAAUUAUUGCAGUAUCUCAGCUCGGCUGAUUUCACAAUGCGUGAAGAAUUGUCACUUAAGGCUGCCAUUCUUGCAGAGAAGUUUGCUCCUGAUUUGUCAUGGUAUGUGGAUGUUAUCCUUCAAUUGAUUGACAAGGCAGGAGAUUUUAUUAGUGAUGACAUAUGGUUCCGUGUUGUGCAGUUUGUUACUAACAAUGAUGACCUACAGCCUUAUGCAGCUGCAAAGGUAAAAGAGUAUAUUGACAAGCCUGCUGUACAUGAGACCAUGGUCAAGGUCAGUGCUUACAUUCUUGGAGAAUAUAGCCACCUAUUGGCUAGAAGGCCUGGGUGUAGUCCAAAAGAAAUCUUUAGCAUCUUACAUGAGAAACUUGCUACUGUAUCGACUACUACCAUUCCUAUUCUUUUGUCAGCUUAUGCAAAGAUUUUGAUGCACACUCAGCCACCAGAUCAAGAGCUUCAAAGUCAGAUUUGGGCAAUAUUCAAUAAAUAUGAGAGUUGCAUUGAUGCCGAGAUACAACAACGAGCUGUUGAAUAUCUUGCAUUGUGUCAGAAAGGUGCUGCUCUGAUGGAUAUAUUGGCUGAAAUGCCUAAAUUUCCUGAGCGUAAGUCUUCAUUGAUCAAAAGGGCAGAAUAUUCUGAGGCUGACACUGCAGAGCAAAGUGCUACCAAGUUGCGUGCUCAACAGCAAACAUCAAAUGCUUUAGUUGUAACUGACCAGUACCCUGCUAACGGGGUAACAUUACGAAUUUCUGUUGGCCAGCUUAGUCUCAUAAAGGUGCCCAGCAUGAUUACUACAGAGAAUGAUACUUCAACAGACCAAGCUUUGUCGCAACAAAAUGGUUCUUUAAGUAAAGUAGAUCCACAACCUCCUUCAGUAGACCUCCUUAGUGAUAUUUUGGGCCCAUUUGCCGUUGAAGGCCCUCCUGGUGCUACUGUCCAAUCUGAGCACAUUGCGGUCUCUGGAUUGGAAGGUGGUUCAGAUGCAGUUGAUGGCUCAGCCAUAGUGCCCGUAGAAGAGCAUACAAAUACAGUUCAGCCAAUAGGAAAUAUUGCUGAAAGAUUCCAUGCUUUAUGCCUGAAAGAUAGUGGUGUUCUAUAUGAGGAUCCUUACAUUCAGAUUGGCAUUAAAGCUGAGGGGCGAGGUCAUCAUGUGCAUCUUGUUCUUUUCUUGGGAAACAAGAAUACUGCUCCGCUCGUUUCUGUUCAUGCUAUAAUAUUGCCUCCUGCUCACCUGAAGAUGGAGUUUUCAUUAGUGCCUGACACGAUACCUCCUCGAGCUCAGGUGCAAUGCCCACUUGAGAUUGUAAAUCUUCGGCCGAGCCGAGAUGUAGCUGUUCUUGACUUCUCCUACAAGUUUGGGACCAAUAUGGUUAAUGUGAAGCUUCGCCUUCCUGCCGUGCUGAAUAAGUUUCUGCAGCCUAUUCAAGUGCCUGCUGAGGAGUUUUUCCCCCAAUGGAGAUCACUUUCAGGACCACCAUUGAAACUUCAAGAAGUUGUUAGAGGUGUGAGACCCAUGCCUCUUCCAGAAAUGGCUAAUCUACUUGACAGUUUCCGGAUAAUGAUAUGUCCUGGACUGGAUCCAAAUCCUAACAAUCUAGUUGCAAGCACAACCUUCUACUCAGAGAGUACGCAUGCGAUGCUGUGUCUGGUCAGAAUUGAAACAGAUCCAGCGGACAGAACCCAGUUGCGGAUGACACUUGCUUCAGGCGAUCCUUCGUUAACAUUCGAGUUGAAGGAGUUCAUCAAGGAACAAUUGAUUAGCAUCCCUACUGCUCGGUCACCAGCACCAGCACCAAAAGCACCUCCCACAGCUCAACCAACCCCACAAAUACCGCCGAAUGAUCCCGCAGCAAUACUAGCGGGUUUGCUAUCUUGAAAAUGAAGAUUUGUUCAGUGUACACUUAUAAACCUUGAUUUUUACUGUCAGCCACGUAUUUGGCAUUUGCGCCUCCCAUUAAGAGGUGCAUAUAUAAAAGUCAUGAUGCAAGGGCUCGGCGGAUCCACGGAUGAGCUUUAAUUAUGCUUGUACGGCUUAGUGAGAGAAAGGUGGUCGGGCAUUUUGUGAUUCUUUCUACAUGGUCAUGGUGAGGGUUUCCUUUUUCUUCCCAUUUUUUUGAGUUAAGCAGAUUGGGGUUUGUCUAUCUAGUAAGACGUCGUCACAUGUAAGAUAUGGCAUGUAGUAGUAUCAGUUGUAACAAUGUAAUGGUUUGUCAAACCCAAUAUAUUUUGUAAUAAGAUUAAAAAUAAGUAUAUAGUGGGAACAAGAAAAACGAUCAUAAGAAAUUUGAUUAUAAAUGCAGUUUUCUUUGUUUU